UUUCAAUUCUGACAGAUAUAAAUUUUGUUCAUGGAACUUUAAUUUUUUUGUGGUUAAAUUUUAUUUAUCUUCAAAAAAUAAUAAAAACCAAAAAAUAAAAUGAAAUUAACACAAUUUCUUGUUAGUAAAUUGAAGAAUUUUUCAAAUUUCCCCGAACAAUAUAUAGAACGCAGCAAGCGACAAGUUUAUUGGAAAACACCAAGAGGUUUACCCAAUUACUUGCCCAAAACAUUAGAGCGCAAAAAGUUCCGAUACACAACCAACAGAUCAUGGACUGGACAAUUCCGUCAGCAGAAUCUUCCUGGAACAAUCCGCAAAAAAGUGUUCAUUGAACCAAUUGAGGAAUGGAACUACUUCCGUGGAGAUCGUAUUGAAGUCCUCACUGGCAAAGACAAAGGCAAACAUGGCAUCAUUACCCAAGUGAUACCCGAAAGGAAUUGGGUAAUAUGCGAGGGUACCAACUGGCAUUACCGCAUUGUUGGUGCUGAGAAAGAUUUCCCCGGAAUCUACAUCAGAUCAGAGGCACCUCUGAGAGUCGAUCGGGAUAUCCGCUUAGUCGAUCCCUCAGAUUUGAAAGGAACCGACUUUGAAUGGCGUUUCACAGAAGAAGGUGAAAAAGUGCGAGUGUCCACUCGUUCAGGAAGAAUAAUCCCCAUUCCCGAUGCUAAUAACCAAACCCACGACUAUAAAACCAAAGGUGCAUAUUUGGAACGAGAGAAAGACACAACUGCUGCCGUUGUUGGUGAAAUAACAUUUGAGCCGAAACUAUGCACUUUUGAGAUGGACAUCAUGGAGCAAAUGAACAUAGUCGAAGAAGGAGUUCCAAAGAAGUCUUAUUGGUAUUAAUGUGUAAAAUGUUUGUUAUAUAUUUCUUUAAGCAAUAAAAACAAGAACAAAAUUAAAAUUUAAAACUA